AUGAAUACCCUUCAAUAUCCUCAAAAUAAAAUAUUGGUGUUAUCGGAUCACCCACACAACCUUUUAAAAACGCAACUUUUGCAAGACUUAUUUCAUUGCACUAGCAUCAGCGUCAGUAUAGUUAAGGACCAAACUUGGGAGAAUAAAUACUAUAAAACCCAUUUCGACCUGUACAUCGACUCUUGCAAAGAGAUACCAGUAUGGAUAGAAGAAUUUAUUACGCCUGAAUGUGAACCGCUCAGAAAUGUUAUGGCAGGAAUAAUCUUAAUAACAGAUAUCCGACUAACAAAGCCUCAAGAACUGUUGCAGCAAUUCUUGGCGGCAGUUCAUCGAAAUACGUUUGUCGUAUUAGUCAAUGUGAACGAAGAAGUCGAGCAAGAGGAAAUCGAUGAUCUGAAUGAAAUAUGGAGCAACGCUUUUACGAACAUCAUCGAAUUUAUAAACUGGACAAGGUCAAAACCCACCAUCAAUCAUAACGAAUAUGGAGAAAAAUUGGGGCUUGAUCGGAUCCAGGAAAUUAUAGAUACUCACGACUGGUUAAACUGUGAGCUUCUACCAGUCACUACAAUAAAGGAGGAAAUGCCUAAAGAAAUGCCCCUCGAACAAAUAAUUGGAAAUUUACAAAAUGCAAGGCUAAAAUAUAAGUCUAUGAAGAAUAGCAGUGAAGCUGAUGCUUUUGCGAAUGAAAUGGCCGAUGAACUCUCCAAAUUUUUAUGA